AUGGAAAGCUGUAAAACGAAGAGAAUAAUAAGCGUAUUUGUGGUGCUUCUUUCUCUUUUCGCUAGAGCGUGUAGAGGGGGAAGGAACAGUUUCAGUGGUGAGAAAUCCAGUGAUCCAAUGAUAAGAGGGGUGGUAGAGCAGGAAAAUGAGCUAGGUCACUCUUAUACUGAUCAAGGUGUGGCAGAGAGUGAUAUUUUAGACUCAAACAUAUUUGACGAGCCUUUAGAUCAGACAGACAAUAUGUUGAAUAUGCAAAACUCGGAUGCUAAUCUAGUUCCAGAUUUUCUAGUGCCCUCGUAUGAAUAUGAGCCUGUUGAAGAUUUGCAAAGAAUAGAUGAUCAGUACACACCAGCGCCUAGUACAAGUAAGCAUAGCUCUAAUAAAGCGUACGAUAUACCAGGUACAUCCAACAAUGAAAAGAUGGUAACUAGUAGAAGAGAGGGCCCAGAUUUUGACCCUAGUUAUGUGGAUAAGACUGCACCCUCGUAUGGACUAUUAGCAGAUAUAGAUGAUGCUAAUGAAAUGGAGCAGUAUUCACUGUCUAAGAAAGAAAUAGCAGAUCUUGAAAGGUAUAACGAGAGAUUAAAGAGUGAAGAAAACAAUAGCACUGGUUUACAUAGGGGAGAAAAGAGAACAGCCAGUGCAAUGAGCAACCCAAUGAACAAGCUCAGAGAGGACAAGAGAAGAAGGGAAGAGUAUGUAUUGUAUGAAACAACUGAUAUGUAUCCACAGGAAGAGUAUGUAUUGUAUGAAACAACUGAUAUAUAUCCACAAGAAGAGUAUGUAUUAUAUGAGACAGAUGAUAUAUACCUACAGGGAGAGAUAGAAGGCUUGAUAGAAGAUGGUGCACAGCCAAGUUUACCUCAGCAACCAUCAAAUACAGCUCGAAAUAUAGCGCUAAAGACAGAAAUAAAAUAUCUCAAUGUUAGUCUGUGGAACAGUAUGAGAUUGAAAAAUGCAGGGAGACAUAGAAACAAGCUGAGCUACAAGACACUCUGUGAAUACACAUACUCAGAAGAUGAUCUGAUCGGCGCAGUGAAAGACGAGUCGUACCAAGCAGAGCUUAAAGCAGAAAUUUCUACAUUUUCGCAGCUCAUUGCUCCUCAAAUAAAGGAGAAUGCGCUGUGGUAUCUCAUUGCAAGCAAAGAUAUAGACCCGCGCAUAAAACGCAAAGAUAUUUUUGGGCUAAAAAGGCUAUUUGAAGAGGAAAAGAACAGCGUCUACAUAGAAAUGAUAAAAAAGCUCGAUGGAUACUACGACGGUAUAUUUGAUGAUAUGAUAGCAUACAUGGAAGAGAACAUGCCGCAGAGCAUUGAUGCAUGCCAUCCUCCAACUAGAUGGAAGAAAACUCUGGGUGAUAUUUACAUGAGCGAGUGCCUUGGGAUGAACUAUGCCAUGGCUGAGAAACAGAAAAGAAUUUGCAAAAUAAACAAGAAGUACCACAAAUUGGCGUAUGCUAUGCACAUGAUCGUAAUGCUGCCAGAGGUGUAUAAAGACUUUUCCAGGAUGAGCGAAGAGUUUAUAAGGAACACAUGCACAAAGAACUCAGACAACAUAUAUGAAGAUAGAAAAAAGCAUCUGGUUCUAUCGAGCAUACAGACACUGGUGCAUCUUCACAAUGAAGAAAAGAUAGACAUGAGUGUAUACAAUCAGCUGUAUACUGCCCUUGGGACUAUAUACAGCAAAGAAACAGUGAGAAACGCACUAGUUACUGAGCUGUAUAGAAAUAUAUACAUAAUGCUCGCAGAUUUCUACAAGAAGGCAGAAAUAGUUGACAAAAAAAGUGAACAUGUUCUCGCAGGAAAGGGCGUGAUAACAAACCAGAAGUACAUGAAGUGUGAGAUGGCAGUAAACAUAGCAACAAGAAACCCAGCUAAAAGAGUUGAAAAGCUGGAAACCCCAAUUGUAGAGAACAAAUGGAGUGUUGCACCAAGCGUGAAUGCACACUAUCAUGUGUACUAUGUGGACAAUAAAAUGGGCCAGCCCAGAAGACUGUGCAUGCCCAUGUAUACAGAGCCUGAGACUAAGAAGAAAUACUACCUGCACAGAGUUAGCGACAUGGUAGCGUACAUAAAGACGCUGUAUGGAAUAGAAGACAGCUCAGAUGUUAUACACCCAUUCAAGGUGGGCAAACAGAGCAAACAGUGGUCGUACAUCAAAGAGGAAGGAGAGAGGAAUAAAACAGUGGAAGAGCUGGAGGGGCACGAGCUAGUAUUCUACCACAUCAGGCACAGCCUAGAGGAAAAGUUUACGUUUGCAGAGUUUAGUCCUCUAGAGCCACAUGGAGUAAGUGUGAUUCCUAUUCCACUGUUUCUUACGUCUCUGAUGGAGAAAGGCGUGAAGCUAACUCCUUUUACUAAGCAGGGAGAGCACAAAAAGCUGGAGUCAAUGGAUUUUCAUGGAAAAGAGCCUAACUCGUAUGCAUAUAGCGAUGCCUACAAGGACACAAUGUAUUCAGACAUGCACAAAUACUACAGCAAUCUGUACAUACUGCCAGAGAAAGUAAAAAGCACAGAGUGCUAUGCCAUGGACUGCCAGAUAUCCAAGCGCAGGAAAAGCACUGUCAGAGCCAUAUGGUACGUAAAAGUACCAGGAGACGUGGAUGAGUACACACACUGCAUUCCAAGCAACAUCUUUGAGGACGCAAAACACUCAGAAGAUUUUGAUGCCUUCGUUGCAACGAUAGAGUCAAGGAGCUACAACGAAGACAGCAGCUUGCAAGGCUUUUGGCUGUGCAGAAGUACCACAAAAACGACUAAAUCAGAAAGAAUGGUGCCUAAAAUACAAACCUUGCUCGAAGAUCAAAAAACUCUGGGGGCGCACAAAGAAAAUAAUAGCAUAGCAUACCUCAAAGGGGAAAUCAGUAAAAUAGAAGAAAAAUUGAAAAAGACAAGACAUGACAUAAAAACUCUGGAAGAGUCUAAAACAGCCCAAAAAGAGCGGCUGCAGGCAAUGAGAAUAGCAUGGGGCAAAAUAAACAUAGAAGAAAGAGCGCUGGAAAGAUUCAAGGAGGCGCUGUCUAUACGGCUGGCUAAAACGCCAAAACACGCAAAUACUGACAUUAUAGUAUUUCGAAACGCAAACUUGAACAGGUCCAACCUGGGAGCACACAACGAGAUCCUUGAUGUUUUUAUUACCUUUUAUAGGCGAUAG